UCCAAGUUUUUUCUUAGACGAACCUGUUCCGUUUGACUAUUCCGAUAAAUACGCCUCACCCCUAAUCCUGAUUUUGACAUGUCUAUGCUAAUCAAAUAGAAAUCUAAUCAUAACAAAAAUUUGUUUUAAAAUUAAAUUACGGAGACAUUAAAACAUUGCUUAAAAAAUAAUACUAUGACAACAGUGUAUUUUUUCUUAGCUGUGAUGUUUGCUCACGGUAAUUUUGCAGAUUAUCGAGAUGGAAAGGAAUUGCCUGUAACAAGCUAUAAAUUAAAAUACAAUGGUGAGGGGUAUUUGUUUGCGAAUCCUAGUAUUUGUACGAAAUUACUUGAUGAAUUUGCGGAUUCUGCAUCUAAUUUUACAAAAUGCUCAAUCAAACAUGCGAGACCGAUAAGAUUAUGUGAAAAAUGUAUUGAUCAUUAUGUAAAAUUUCGUGAGAGCUAUAAAAAUUUACUUCAAACCAAUUUAAAUGGAACUUCAUGUGAAACAAUCUUUAUUUCUCAUGAUAGAUUAGAGGUGGUUUUGAAUUAUCAUGAUAACAUAUUAGCUAUUUGGAACAAAGGAAAUUGUAAUGAUUGUUUUAACUGGACUAAAGAUAAACCAGAAAUUUCAAAUAAAACUUACCAUUUUUAUCAAAUUUUUAAUGAAACAAUGCAAUGUAUUGAAGAGAAUAUAAAUCCCAAAGAGAAUAGUACAAAAGUGUGUGAGAACUGUAUGCAAAGCUACAUACAGCUGAAUAACUAUUAUGAAUCUCUUAGUUUUGACAGAAUAGGGCUGGAUAUUAUAUGCAUGGAUGUUAUAGAUUCUAUGAAUGCAACUAGAUCAAUAUGGAGCAAAAGCCUAAACUGUUGUAAAUUGAGAAAGUCUCCAGAAAUAAUAUUUUUGUGUUGUUCUGGAAUUAUUGCAUGCUUACCAGUUUUGUAUUAUAUUAUGGUGAAGUAUUGUGGACCAAUUAAGGACUUACCUAAUGUUUUAAAGCAAUCAAGAUUCAAACAAAGGAUAUUAAGAACAGUUAAUGGUAUCAAUUAGGUCACAAUAUUUUUAUGUAAAUCAACAAUUAAUUAUUUAUUUUUAUACAAUAAAAUUAGUUAAAAAGAAUACAUAUUGUUUCAUUGCUACAAGGAGUGUUGAGAACUAUUACAAAAAACAUUAAAUUAUACUUUACAACAUUGCUCUUAGUAACAUUAAAUUACAUUUUAUUUUUAUAAUAUAUAAGUUGAUAAUCAUGAUACAUGGGACAAAUAGUAAAGUUAUGUUUUCUUCAAAUUUUUAAUGCAGAAUUAGAUUAUAUCAACGCUUGAAAGGCAAACAUGACUAAGCGACAAUGCAUGAACUUUAUAGUAGACUAAUUUCAAGUUGAAAUACCUGAAAAAAAUUAUAUUUUAACGAAUCUAGCUGUACAAUUGAAAUGAUUAUAAUAGACCUAGAAAUACAUUUUUUUGCACAUUGAAUA